AUGUCUACUGAAAAGGAAGCCGUCCAGGUCGAGUACCGCACCGCUGGCGGUAACGCUGCCUUCCACAACUUCAUCAACGACUUUGCUCACAUUGAGGACCCCCUAGAGCGCAGAAGACUGGCGCUCAAGAAGAUCGACGAUGCCACGUUCGGGUGGUAUCACGUGCGUGCCAUCAUGGUGGCCGGUGUUGGGUUUCUCACCGAUUCCUACGAUAUCUUUGCCAUCAACUUGGGUAUCUCCAUGCUGUCGUACGUCUACUGGCAAGGGAGCAUGCCUUCGUCGACCACCACGCUGCUCAAGGUGUCGACGUCCGUGGGUACGGUGAUGGGUCAGUUCGGAUUCGGGAUCAUGGCCGACGUUGUCGGCCGUAAGAAGAUCUACGGUCUAGAGUUGAUCAUCAUGAUUGCCGCCACGAUCAUGCAAUGUACCAUCGGUGCCUCGCCAGGUAUCAGCUUUGUCGCGGUUUUGACUUUCUACCGUAUCAUCAUGGGUAUUGGUAUCGGUGGUGACUACCCGCUCUCUUCCAUUAUUACUUCUGAGUUCUCCACCACCAAAUGGCGUGGUGCUAUCAUGGGCGCUGUGUUUGCCAACCAGGCCUGGGGUCAAAUUGCCGCCGGUAUUGUCGCCCUCGUUCUUGUUGCUGCUUACAAGGACGUUUUGAUUGUCGCUGAAAAAAGUUCCGAAUGUGGCCCAGCGUGCCAAAAGGCCUGUGACCAAAUGUGGCGUGUUUUGGUUGGUCUGGGCUGUGUUCCCGGCUGUAUCGCUCUGUACUUCCGUUUAACCAUCCCAGAAUCCCCUCGUUACACUUUGGACGUUUCCAACAACUUGCAAAAGGGUGUUGCUGACGCUGCGAAAUUCACCUCUGGAGAACACGGCAACGCCGAAGCCGAGGAAAUUGCCCGCUUGGAAAGAGCCCCAACUGCUGUCGAGCAAUACGAAAUUGCUCCUCCAAAGGCCUCUUUCAAGGACUUCACUUCUCACUUUGGUCAAUGGAAAUAUGGUAAGAUUUUGUUUGGUACUGCUUUCUCCUGGUUCGCUUUGGAUGUUGCCUUUUACGGUCUAGGUUUGAACACCGCUGUCAUCUUGCAAACCAUCGGUUACGCCUCUUCUAAGAACGUCUACCACAAACUGUACAACUCUGCUGUCGGUAACUUGAUCUUGAUCUGUGCCGGUUCUUUGCCAGGUUACUGGGCCUCUGUUGCUACUAUUGACACCAUCGGUAGAAAGCCAAUUCAACUCUUUGGUUUCUUUAUUUUGACUGUGUUGUUCUGCAUUAUCGGUUUCGCAUACCACAAGAUCAACGACCACGGUUUGUUGGGUCUAUACAUUGUUUGCCAGUUUUUCCAAAACUUCGGUCCUAAUGUUACAACUUUCAUCAUUCCAGGUGAAGUUUUCCCAACCAGAUACAGAUCUUCUGCCCACGGUAUCUCCGCUGGUUGUGGUAAGAUUGGUGCCAUUAUCGCCCAAACCGCUUUGGGUACGUUGAUCAGUUACCACUGUGACUCUACUGAGCCAAACUGUUGGUUGCCUCACGUUAUGGAGAUCUUUGCGCUGUUCAUGUUGUGCGGUUUUUUUAGCAGUCUUUUGAUCCCAGAGACCAAGAGAAUGACUUUGGAAGAGAUCUGUGAAAAGUACCACGAUGAGAUCGAUUCCUCCAAGUACGCCAGCGGUAACUCUGCUUCCUCCAGUCACACCGAGACUGUUUAA